AUGAAGAAUAGUGCGGAGCUUCGCUCGCUCAGCGGCGGUCUCGCCGAGAUCCAUGAUACCCUUGGGGCAGUUUGCCCGCACCCUCCGCCCGACUUCCCCCCUCCCACGUCUGUCCCCGCUGUCCCGGACGAGGUCGCCGACCACCUCAACGCGCUCGCCAAACAGCUCGAGAUGGCGCUCGAGCUCUCGCGCUCCCUCGAAGCCCAGCACACCACCACCCAGCCCACGAUCUCCGUCCCCGAGUCCAAAGUCGCCCCACUCGAGAGCCUCGCCCAAGACACGCAAACACGAGUCCGUUCUCGGGUCGAGGUCGCCGACUCGACGACUCGUCCAAGCGUCCGAGAGGCGAGGAAGAAGGAGUGCGAGCCGCUCACCUCGAUGUUCGCGGAGUGGAAGAAGAUCGACUAG